AUGUCUCUCCGCUUGACCAACCCGUUCGCACUCUCCCGCCCUUCCUCCUUCCUCCAAGCAUUCCGCACCCUCUCCUUGGCCCCAACUCGAUCUCUCUAUAUUUCUGCAGACCCUACCAAAGGGCCGCCAGAAUAUCCUUAUGGGCCCGCCCGAUUCUUCAAACAAUCAAACACAGGCCUCUACGGCGGGUCUACCAUCCAAUUCGGAAACAAAAUCUCCAAGGGCCGAAAUAAGGGAAAGACAAGACGGACAUGGAAACCUAAUAUCCGUCACGAGGAACUGUACAGCGAGGCCCUAGGGAAGACAUUACAGCUCAAAGUCCAACAUCGGGUAUUGAGGACGAUUAAGAAAGUGGGCGGCUUGGACCAGUACCUCUUGGGCGAUAAGCCGGCCAGGAUAAAGGAAUUGGGCAUUUUCGGAUGGAAUCUGCGGUGGAAAGUGAUGCAGUCAAAGGCGAUGCAGAAGAAGUUCAAGGACGAGCAAAAGGAAUUGGAAUUGAAGGCCGCGGCGGAAUUAGAGUCGAAUGAUCAGGAGAAAGUAACUGCGCCCCAGAACACAGAGUGA